CGCACACACAAGUAGUAGAGUACUACAAGAUGGCUGGAGGCGGAGAAGAAAAGGUGAAGCUGCUGGGAACAUGGGCGAGCCCGUUCGUCCUGCGAGCGCAGCUCGCGCUCAGCUUCAAGGGUGUGAGCUUCGAGAACGUCGACGAGGACCUCAGCAGCAAGAGCGACCUCCUCCUGCGCUCCAACCCCGUGCACAAGGCGGUGCCAGUGCUCAUCCACAACGGCAGGCCCGUCUGCGAGUCGCUGGUCAUCGUGCAGUACGUCAACGAGGCCUUCGACGGGCCGCCCCUCCUCCCCGCCGACCCCCACGAACGCGCCGUCGCCCGCUUCUGGGCAGCUUUCAUCGGAGACAAGCUAGUGGCACCAUGGCAUAAGGUGUUCACGGCUAAGAUCGAGGAGGAGAAGGCCGAGUGGAUGGAGCAGACGCUGGCGGCGGUGGAUGUCCUGGAGGGGGGCCUCAAGGAAUGCUCCAGGGGCGGGAGCUUCUUCGGCGGCGACAACGUCGGGUACGUUGACGUCGUGCUGGGCGGGGCCGUGCCGUGGGUCUACGGGACGGAGGCGCUCUCCGGUACGAGGCUCUUCGAUGCCGGUAGGGUCCCGCUCCUGGCGGCGUGGUUGGAGCGCUUCGGCGCGCUGGACACAGUCAAGGCCGUCAUGGCAGACAUCCCGACGAGACUGGUCGAGCUCGCCAAGAAGAAGCAGGCCGAAGCCGCGGCCGCAGCUACGGCUGGAGAUUGCUAA